AUGCCGGGCAUCCUCUCCCGCGCCCUCGCCGAGCUGGGCCUCGCGACGCUCGCCUCGUGCGCGCCCGACAUCCGGCUCCUCAUGGCGCAGCGCUUCACGCGCCUCUUCGCCUACGGCGCCUCGACCCUCAUCCUCGUCAGCUACCUCGAGUCGCUGGGCCACGACCGCGCCCAGUCCGGCCUGUUCAUGACGCUCACCCUCGCCGGCGACAUGGUCAUCAGCUUCUUCCUCACCCUGGCCGCGGACCGCGUCGGCCGCAGGGCCACGCUCGCCGCGGGCGCCGCCCUCAUGGCCCUCAGCGGCGUCGCCUUCGCCCUCUUCCGCAACUACUGGGUGCUCCUGGCCGCCGCCGUCCUGGGCGUCAUCUCCCCCAGCGGCAACGAGAUCGGGCCCUUUCGCGCCGUCGAGGAGAGCAUCGUCGCGCACCUGACGGCCCGCGAGGAGCGCAGCGACGUCUACGCCUGGUACAGCCUGCUCGGGACCGCGGGCACCGCCUUUGGCAUCGUGUCCUGCGGCUGGGUGACGCACGCGCUGGUCCGCGCUGGCUGGGACCCGGGAGAGGCCUACAGGCUCGUCUUCUGGGGGUACGCGGGCCUGGGCGCCGUCAAGCUGCUGCUGACGCUGGGCCUGUCGCGGGCCGUCGAGGCCGAGCGCAAGACCGCGACGGAGGGGGGGCCCUCGGGGACGGAGACGGAGCCGCUGCUCGCCGCGGCCGGGGAGGCGCCGCCGGAGAGGAGGUCGUGGAGGUCGCUGAUGCCGCACGUCACGGCCGAGAGCAGGGCCAUUGCCGCCACCCUGUGUCUGCUGUUUGGCCUGGAUGCGUUUGCCUCCGGCCUCGCGCCGCUGUCCUGGGUGACGUUUUACUUCCGCUCGCGGUUCGGCAUUGAAGAGGGCCGCCUGGGCUCCAUCUUCUUCGUCACGUCUCUCAUCUCGGCGGCUUCCGUCAUCGUGGCCUCGUCCAUUUCCAAACGCCUCGGAAACGUCAAGACCAUGGUGUUCACACACCUCCCCUCGUCCGUCUUCCUGGCCCUGCUCCCCCUCCCUUCAAACGUCUCCCUCUCCCUCACUCUGCUGGCCCUCCGCGCGUGCACGCAAUCCAUGGACGUGGCUCCCCGCUCCGCCUUCCUGGCCGCCAUCCUCUUGCCCUCUGAGCGGACCGCAGUCAUGGGGCUGGUCAAUGUCGUCAAGACGAGUGCGCAAAGUCUGGGACCCCUCAUCACCGGCGUCUUGGCAAAUCAUGACUUGUUCUGGGUCAGUUUUGUGUGUGCUGGUUCCUUGAAGGUUUGCUAUGAUUUGGGGCUGUUGGUUGUUUUCAAGGAAAGAGAACGACAAAGAGCGAGGGAUGAGGAGACGAGGUGA